UCUCACUCCCUCUCUCACCCCCCUCUCUCUCUCACUCCCUCCCUCUCCUUUCUUCUCUCUCUCCUGACAGCAUCUCUUCAGGUCUCUGAAUGGCAGGACGAGGGCAGGACGGAGAGUCUCACACAAUAACCUUUAGGACGCCCUACAGGAGGGAAAACAAGACCUCUGAGUAUGUAAUUAUCCCCGUAGCGGUUUUUCAGCGUAUAUCCGGGACGUCACGCAAAUAAUACUUAGAAAUAAAAUAAAAUAAAUAGUUCCCUCUUGCCGCGCGUGCGUUAUGGAGCGGCGGCGGCGGGCGUCUCUGGCGCUCGCGCUCAACUUGGCGGCGCUGCUGCUGGCCGGGUGCGCGCUCAGCACGAGCUACUGGUGCGCGGGGAACCGAAAAGUACUGAAGCCGUUUUGCACCGGGCCGCUUCCUCCAGCCCACAGACACGCGCACUGCAUCCGGUACAACAGCUCGAGCGCUAACGACAGCCGCCAGGUGCAGUACGUGUGGGAGACCGGAGAGGACAAGUUUGUCCUGAGGAAGUUCCACAGCGGUAUCUGGCUGUCCUGCGAGCAGAAUAUUGACCUGAGUGGUGAAAACUGCAGAAGUUUCAUAAGUAUUCCCCCUCCACAUGAAAGAGGGGUCUUAUGGCUGUGCAUCGUUGCAGAAUGUUUAUACAUCCUUCUCCUUUCAACUGGUGGAAUCCUCAUGUCUAUGGAAGUCUGCCAAUUUGGGAACGUCAUAGAUGGACUCAAACUCAACGCCUUUGCCUCCAUAUUCACCGUCUUGUCAGGUCUUCUUGGCAUGGUAGCACACAUGAUGUACACAACAGCUUUUCAGCUCACUGUAAGUCUGGGCCCUGAGGACUGGAAACCCCAAAGCUGGGAUUACAGCUGGUCUUACAUGUUGGCCUGGGGAUCUUUCACGGCCUGCAUGGCCUCCUCGGUGACCACCAUCAACAGAUACACAAAGACUAUCCUGGAGUUCAAGCACAAGCGGAGGAACAUGGAGAAAAACCUGAAGAUCAAGCAGCAGCUCCUGGAGCUGGAUUGCCCAGAGCAGAUGUGGGACAUGUAUAUCAGCUCUGUGCCCAGCACGGCCGAGGAGCUGCUGGAGAUGUCCAGUCCUAGCCGUAAGCUGUCCAGUCAUGACAUGGGUGAUCAGCAGGGGGAGGAGUACUGCUGAGGCUAGCGUUACACCUUGUUUACUAAGCUGUGUGGAAAUUCCAUGUUAUAAAAAUAUUUUUGCGAAUGUGUUAAACUGGUGGUGAAAUAUAUUUGCAAAUGGCAUUGGAAAUCACAGCAUUAGCCUGCUGUCCCGCUGGCGGGAUGACCUCAUUGUCUUUAGAGUGUUGCUGCAUCAGUUUUUUUUUUUUGCGACGGUCCGGUUUGUUUCCUGUAAAAUGUGUUAUACUGUAAGGUAUUUGUAAACUUAAGAACUAUUUGUUGCUUCCUUCCAUCAAGCUGCCAAAAAGUCCGCUAGUCCACCACACCAUACAUAGAUUAGGAUUGUUUUUAUCUUUCAACUUGUAGCAUCACAGCCAAUCAGAGCAUAUUGUCAGAAGAACGACUCUAGUAAUUAGUUGUAUGGCAGUGAAUCUGACCUUCUAGUGAAUGAUACAAUCUGCCUGCAGUGUCCAGCGAGGUUCAGCACAUUAAUCGUAAUGCACAAUGUCCACAAAAUUCAGGGCAAAAACAUCCAGAUUUUCAACAGUAUAAACAUUUCUUUACACGUUUUCAUCCCUAAUCGUAGUCUAGCUCAAUUGUGAACAGUGCUCCUUUCCCACUGAUAUAUAACAUAUCGUCCAGCUAAGGAAUCUGUUGCCUUCUGGUGAUUUUAUGCAUUUGUGCUGUUUAUAAAUGAGGCCCAAGAACAGGCCUUUGAUUUUCUAAACUAAACCUCGCCUGCCGUAUUGUAUGAACCGCUGCUGCUUGUCACUGUCACGUGCUCUUAAUGAACCAAGUCUGGCCUCAGAUUACACUGAGGGCUUCCAGCCAGGGCAGACUAUUAUCUGGCUUCUCUACUGAAUUUAAUCAAUAACUAUAUAUGCUGACUGUUCUUUACGUACUGUGUUGUAUCGUUGGCUGAAGGUGAUGCUGUGGUUGUUAGUUUAAUAUUCAUGUAUUGAUGUUAUAUCCAGGCAAGUGACAAAUUAAAGGAAAAAAACAAUACAAAAAGUGAUUUAUCAUGGUGUUCAGUGAUUAUUAGAUACCAGGACUGCUUCAGAACACCAUGGCACCGAUACUACAAGGAAUUUCUGUAAUAGUACUGGAAGAAGGAACAACAUUUUUAGAGAUAUUCUUUCAAAUUUCCCCAAAUUCCAGUCCAAAAUUGUGUCCAAGAACACAAAAUCCGUGUUUUUGUGGGUGGCUAUGAAGGGCAGAGCAUACACACUUUUUCAUACUCAUCAAAUCAUCCUGUGAGCCCUUGUGUAAUGGAGAUGGGGUGGAACAGAAAUGAGAAAAAUGUUAGAGAAAUGUUAAGAAAAAGGUCAUUAAUUAGAGGAACUUUGUAUUCAUUUGCAGUGACACUUCAUAACAGAGCCAAAGUUUCCUUUAAAUUGUCACCAGUCUAUAUAAGAACCACAAUUACAUCUUGUGUAAAACAGUUUUUACAACAUUUGCCAUAUAAUUAUUUAAUAAUGUGUUGUCUAUCGGGGUUUUGUUUUCGUCUGUUUUUUGUUUCCAGGUUUCUAGUCCUGGAUCUUCUGGUUUUCACACUGGUUUGUGAUCCUGAUCAUGAUUUUGUUAAACCACAGCAUGCGCAGUACAGAAUAUCUAUUUAAACUCAAUUUGCUGGGUUUGUAACUCCUAUGUGUGUCAGAUUGUUUAGUAACACAGGCUUUAUAUCAGUGUCGUAACUAUUUUUCUACACUGACUGAGGAUGGUGGAUAUUUAUUUGUAUUUAAUAUUACUUCAUGUGAAAAAUUAAUGCUUUAGAUUGAGUGCAGUCAUUUUAUUUCAGUAAACAUGUGGCUCUGCAAAUCUUUAAUAUAUACAUAUAUUAUAUCGAGCCAUGCUCUCUGAGUGGGAGGGAGCGGAGUUACACUCUCCCCUGUCAAUCAAAGGGACACGAGCCAAUCAUGGUUGUCUGAGAACUCAAAAGUCUGUGGUGGCUGGAUGGUGUUCACAGGAAGCAUCACGGUCCCCCUGCUUGUAGAUUGUAGAUGUGAUAGAAACUGGCUAGUGAGUGGGAUUUUGGUAAUGAACAAAUUGGUGAGAAAAUAGUAACCAGUGUACCAUAUAAAAAAUUUUAAACUUUUUUUGAAAAGUUUUCAUCCUGAUCUUGGCUGUGGCAAGGGUUCAAUAGAGAAGGAAAUUCCCCUGGGUUUUUCCACCACGCUAUCACUGUUAUCAUGUACAGAGACAUGAAAAUAAAUUGAAAUGAUGCAA